ACCUUUGUGAACCUGCAUGGCACUUUCAGCUUUCCCAUGGUCGCUCUGCCAGUCCGGCCGCCUGGAAGGCCCUUCCCCUGGCAAAAACCUCCCCUAUACUGCUCUGAAACCUAAUUGACUCUCCUUGCGGACCUUCAGCUCACCUUUGGUUGUGAUCCCAAAGCAUGUUGUUCGGAACUCGGAGCACUCGCUGGGAUGCAGCCUCCUUAGCCUCGCCCUGGGUGGCUCUCACCUGUGAGCUCUCACUUGCUAGCUCCUCUAGGAACCGACGGUGCAGGUGAUGAAUGAAUGACUGUCCUUCCGCUCGAGGGGAGCAUCCGUCCUGCGGUCUAACCUCAGUCGCUCCUGCUGUGGCGCACGCAGCGCGGGAGGCUGAGGGUGGCGCCGGGCUCAGCACGCGUGGGACGGGAGUGGCGGCAGGUGGGCGCGGCCGCGAGAGCCCCGGGGGCGCCGCCAGUCGGCCCGCGACCCCGGCCCGCACCGGCGCUGGCGCCUCUUCGCCCCGGUUACCGCUAGUGGCUGCUGUCGCUCAGUGGAGCCCGAGGAGACCGCGGCCAGAGCGUCCACCGCGCAAGAUGGUGGCUCCCGUGGCUCCUCUCCCACCAGCGGAGCAGGAAUAAACUUCCCUGGCUAAGUUAGAUGGAUGGUCCCCAUUAGCCUGGCGGGCUUACCCCCCUCCUGCAUCCCCACUAACUCCCACUGUCCAGGGAGGUGCCUCAGUAGUGGGGGAGCUGGAGGGCCAGGUCGUUGGUGUGGGGGUUGGGGGCACCCUGCCCCUCAAACAGGAAUGGUGCCCCCGGGAAAGAAGCCAGCUGGAGAGGCCUCCAACUCCAACAAGAAAUGCAAGCGCUAUUUCAACGAGCGCUGGAAGGAGGAGUUUCCCUGGCUGGACUUUGACUGCGAGCGGAAGCUGAUGUUUUGUCUCGAGUGCCGCCAGGCCCUGGUGCGAAACAAGCAUGGCAAAGCUGAGAACGCCUUCACCGUGGGCACCGACAACUUCCAGCGCCAUGCCCUGCUGCGCCACGUGACCUCAGGGGCCCACCACCAGGCUCUGGCUGUCAACCGGGGCCAGCCCACUUUGGAAGGGCAAGCCAAGGGAGGAGGGGCCCACCCGGACCUGGCAACCACCCCUACCUCCAGGGGCGUCAAAGUGGAGGUGGACCCAGCCAAAGUGGCUGUGCUGACCACAGUGUACUGCAUGGCCAAGGAGGACGUGCCCGAUGACCGCUGCUCAGCCCUGCUUGAGCUGCAGAGGUUCAACCUGUGUCAGGCGCUGCUGGGCACAGAGCAUGGUGAUUACUACAGCCCCAGGAGGGUGAGGGACAUGCAGGUGGCCAUUGCCAGUGUCUUGCACACAGAGGCCUGCCAGCGCCUGAAGGCAUCCCCGUAUGUGGGGCUGGUGUUGGAUGAGACCAGGGACUGGCCUGAGUCCCACAGUUUGGCCUUGUUUGUCACUUCGGUGUCCCCCUGUGAUGGCCAGCCUGCCACCACCUUCCUAGGCAGUGUGGAGCUGCAGGAGGGCGAGGUCACCGCUGGCCAACUCCUGGACAUCCUGCAGGCCUUCGGCGUGUCUGCAUGCAAGCUGGCCUGGCUCAGCUCAAGCCUCCCCAGUGACCGCCUGGGGAGUGUGGGCCUGCAGCUCCGGGCUACCUGUCCCCUGCUCACUGAGCUACACUGCCUCCCUGGCAGGACAGAUCCCAAGCCCCCUGCCUACCUAGGUGAAUAUGAAAGUGUCCUGGAUGCCCUAUUCCGCCUCCACAGUGGCCCCGGUUCCCACAUGGUCCCUGAGCUCCGGGCAGCCCUGGACCUUGCAGCUAUUGACUUGGCAGGACCACGGCCAGUACCCUGGGCCUCCCUGCUGCCUAUAGUGGAAGCAGUGGCAGAGGCUUGGCCUUGCCUGGUGCCCACACUGGAGACCUCUGCCCCAGCCUCCCCUACAGCUAGGGCACUGGCCCUUGCCCUGCGCCAGUUCACCUUCGUGGCCUUCACCCACCUGCUGUUGGACACUCUGCCCUCCAUGCAGAAGCUUGCCCUUGUCCUGCAGCCAGAAGAGCCCGACUUGGCCCUGCUGCAGCCUCUGGUGAUGGCAGCCGCAGCCUCCCUCCAAGCGCAGCGCCGCUCAGGCGGGACGCGCCUCCGGGGCUUACUGCAGGAACUGGAGUCCUCCAGCCUCAGCUUGGGCCGUGGGCGCUGCACCUACCGCGGCGUGGAGCUGGUCGGCUACUCAGAGACUGCGGUCAGGAGCUUGGAGCAGCUGCGGGGGACCCUCCUGGACUCCAUGUGGAGGGGACUGCAGGACUCCUACCCCGGGCCCUCGCUGGACGCCGUGGCCGCAUUCGCGGCGAUCUUCGACCCCCGCCGCUACCCGCAGGCACCAGAGGAGCUGGGCGUGCACAGCGAGGGAGCGCUGCGCGUCCUGCUGCGCGCCUUUGCUCCCGCCCUGGUGCGCCAGCGGGCGCUGGGCGACUUCGCGCUCUUCAAGCGUGUGGUGUGCAGCCUCGGGCGGCUGGGCCCGCAGGCCCUGUGCGCCAAGCUGGCCUGUGCGCGCUCCGAGCUGCACGAACUUUUCCCCGACUUCGCCGCCCUCGCCGCCCUGGCCUUGGCGCUGCCCGCGGGCGCUAGGGUCCUGGACAAGGUUGGCCGCAGCCGGGAGUUGCGGUGGUCGGGGCAGAGCGGGGCUGGGGAAGGCCGGGGCGGCCCGGCGGUGAAGAUCGCCGUGGAUGGGCCCCCACUGCACGAGUUUGACUUUGCGCUGGCAGUGGAGUUCUUAGAGAGUGGGUGGAGGGAGGCGCUCCUGGGGUCGCAGCUCACAUGAGGGUGGCCUCCUCUCUGCUCAGCCAGCCUGGGGCCCGGGGCGCUCUCAGGGCCAAGCCAGACUUGCCCGGGCUUCACCCAGAUGGCCUACUAACGGGCCUCCCACCCACCUGCCCAUGCUUCCUCCCCUCGGCUGUGGAGGAGGCGCUGGGUCGAGGGAGACCUUGAGAGUGUGCAGAGAUGCUGGGGUCUAAAUGUCAUUCCUGACCUCAAGAGUAACUCAACCUUUUCCCUCUAGACUCAGCCCAAGUUUGGGCCCUAGGAAGGUUGAGGAGUCUUGGAUGGAGGGAGGAGGACUGGGUCUUGGGAACUGUGGGCCGAGGGAAAGGAGAAUGGGGCCUUGACUGGUUGUAGCUCCUCUGAGCAUCACCUCUACAGUAAGACUGGGGAAUAGAUAAUUGUCUUUGUGUUUUUGACACACAGCACAGGACUGUCUCUGUCCAUAAGCUUACAGUUCAAGGAAGGUAGUGGUGUCCUCCCUCCCCUCCUCACCAAUAGGCUGCCUGAGGCUUUACUGUAUUUUGGCUUUGUAUAUAGACAUAUACAUGUAUACAGGUAAAAUGAAUCUGUCCCAUCUGUCAUACUGUUACACACACACAUGCACGCACACACAAAAUCUAAAAAGACUUCUUUUGGUUUUGCAACAAGGUCCAAGAAAGUCCCAAAUGGACUGGAUUUAUUUCUAAUUCUUUUGUUCCUCAAAGUCUGGUUGCUCACCAAAUUCCUAGCCUUCCCAUGCCCUGGCCUCAGACCUUUAAGACCAAAGACUAAAAAGUCACAGUGCUGGACUGGCCAACUCUUGAGUAUCAGCCUCAGGUGUGACCCAGGGAUAUUGGAGGGCUUUUUACUGCUGGGGGAAGCACUUGUGGCCUCACCAGAGCUGGGAGCACAGCCCUUCAGAUUCCAGUGGGUUUCCCAUCUGUUCUGACAGCCUUGCUGUGAAUGAUGUGGGGACUGAAGGGGGUGGUUAGUGCGAGGGGAGGGGGCUGGCCUUUCUCUGGGCCUCCUGGGCUUGGGUUUAAUUUGCAAUAAAGUGGAAACCCAGUGCAAUGUGCAGUCUUCAUGGUGGUGUGUGUGCCAGGGGCCCAGCCAGACUCCUCUCUCCUGUUCCUUGGCCUGACUCACCUCUGUGGGGUUCAUUUGGGCUUUUAUGCUGCCUCUAUAGGGGCAGGAGGGUCAUCCUGGGCUGGGAACCUCACACUGUGGAUUCCCUGCUUCUGCUUCCCCAGUUGUGGAGAAGAGAGGCACAGAAAUGGGCUAUAAUGGCCCUGGGCUUGGCCAGUGCUACUUUGUGUAGGAGAAAGAA